GUCCACCCCGAGAGAUCAACACAUGUUGAUCCAUGCCACAACUCCAUAACUCGAAGAGUUCUUUAAUCUUGCUGUCACCUCACCUGUGUCUCUGAUUCUUCUGUUCCGAUAGCUGAAAAAUCCGUGACACCAUCCUUGAUAUCCAACAGGAUCAAAAAUGUGUGCCUCUCGAAACAGGCACGUUGUCAUUGCCUUGGAUUUUGGCACGACGUUCUCAGGUGCUGCCUGGGCUCUUACAGACAGUCCUCAUGAACAUUACCUCAUCAACCAGUGGCCAAGCACGGCUUCAGGGUCUCUCAGCGGUCCCACGAGCGAAAAGGUGCCCACUGAAAUCGCAUUCGAAUACAGUGAAUCUGGACCAACCUGUCUUUGGGGCUUUCAAAUCCCGGAAAGUAUGCCACGCCACCAGUGGAUAAAGCUGGCGCUUGAUCCUGGUCAGAAAGGGUCAGUGUCCCUUUUGUCUUCCAUCUGUGGUGAUCGCAGAGAAGUCCCACCUCCCUAUCACGCAUCGCCUGAAGAGCUUGUCACCAGCUACCUCAGCUGCAUGCACAAGCACAUUAUGCGAGUUCUCGAGUCAAAGGUUGGAGCAGCUUUCAGCACCAUGACGUGGGAAUACGUCGUUACUGUCCCUGCCGUGUGGAGUGAUGCCGCAAAGGCUAGAACAAAUGCAUGUGCAGAAAAGGCCGGACUCGGAAAGAUAUCGAGUACUCGUAUGAUUUCUGAGCCUGAGGCCGCGGCGAUACACGCUCUACGAUCCUCUAAUCCUCGGACCCUGAACGUUGGCGACACAAUCGUACUCUGUGACGCCGGAGGUGGAACAGUCGAUUUGAUAACGUUCUCGAUUGUGGAAUUGAAACCCAGACUCCGCCUCAAGGAGGAGGCUCCAGGCUCCGGUGAACUCUGCGGUGGUGCUUUUCUCAAUCGUCGCUUCGAGGAGUUCCUAGAGAAGAAGUUGUCAUCUGAUCCUGGUUGGGGCAGAGACACUCUUGAGGAGGCGCUCCAACGCUUUGAAACGGUUGCCAAAAGGGUGUUCGAUGGUAACAUACACAAUGAGUUCAUGAUACCGGUCCCCGGUAUAGACAACAAUGACGAUCUCGGCGUGCGCCGAGGUAAAAUCAGAUUGUCAGGAGAGGAUAUGAGAAGCAUCUUCGAGCCCAUUCUGAAGCAAGUAUUGGAACUAGUUAAAGGUCAAAUCGAGGCAUCGAGGGGAAGUGUCAGUGCUGUCUUUCUGGUUGGAGGUCUAGGCCAGAACCCUUCCUUACAAAACUUCAUCCAAGAAAGAAUCGACCCUAGAAUCGAAGUCAUACAAGUGACAAAUGGUUGGACUGCGGUUGUUAGGGGCGCAUUGGCCAAAGUCGCUUCUGAGGUUGCCCCUUCUCUGGAAGCAAUCUCAGUGGACUCGAGAAUUGCGAGGAAGCAUUAUGGGUUCAUAUGUAUAAAGCCCUUUGACCCUGCCCGUCAUGAUCCCCACAAAAAGUAUUUCUGUGAUUAUGAGGGGAAGUACGUAAUCCAAGUGAUGAAAUGGCUCAUUCGUAAGGGCGAUCGGAUCGAAGAGGGCAAACCACUCGAAUCAGAGUGGUAUCAAUAUCAGCUGACGAAAUAUGGCAUAUUCAACUCCAUCUCCGUUACUCUCUAUGAGCUGGAUACUCCCAAUGGUGAGGACGCUCCAAUGUAUUUCAACCGCAAGAUGAAAAAGCAUGUACAUUUGUGCCCCAGCCUUGGUGAAAUUCCUCGAUCACGAAUCCCCAUUCGCACUGGGAAAGACCGGAGAUCCUACUACAUCCUGAAUUUCAAGAUCCAUGCUGCUUACUUUUCGGCACACUGCGAGUACACUCUUUGGCACGAAGGGCAGAACUACGGGACUGUGAAAGCGACCUACGACUGAAUCUCGUGCUUGAUCCAGCAAGAUCUGAGAGUCUCCCGAAUCCUUUUCCCUAGGACGCUGCGAUGUGACGUAUGCGUCUUGCAGAAACAACCACAACAGUCACAAAAUCUGGCCUUUUGAUUUUUGCGACCUCGAAUCUUCCUGGUCCUGCUCUGCGGAUACAUAAUCCGGCUUAUGGUUCGUUUGGCAUUGGGAAUAGGAAGGAUAGGGGGACAAACCAUCAAGGGCGAAAAGAAGAAGCAAGAAGAAGC